UACAUCUACCCCCAUUUUCAUUCCCGCGCUAUACAACUAUCUGACACAGAAGCAACAACAACAUCAUUCAAUUGAAUCCAAAAAUGGCACGACCAAAAACGAAGAAGAAGAUUCGAGAAACCGAAGAAGAUUUAGAUUCAACAACCCCAGAAGCCAUAGAACGUAAGAGACUCAAAUCAUUAGCUUUUUCAAACAACAUACUCACAGAAACACAAGCUAGAACUUCAAUUCAUCUUAACCCUUCUUCCAUUGUUGCCAAACAUCAUGGUAAAGACAUCAUUAAGAAGUCUCAGAGGAAGAAUAGUAGAUACCUUUUCUCGUUUCCUGGUUUGUUUGCUCCUGUUGCUGGUGGCAAAAUUGGUGAACUUAAAGAUUUGGGAACUAAAAACCCCAUUCUCUACCUUGAUUUUCCUCAGGGCCGGAUGAAGUUAUUUGGGACUAUCUUAUAUCCCACAAACAGAUACUUGACUCUACAGUUCUCCAGAGGUGGAAAGAAUGUGACGUGUGAGGAUUAUUUCGAUAACAUGAUUGUAUUUUCGGAUGCAUGGUGGAUUGGGACGAAAGACGAGAACCCAGAAGAAACCAAACUGGAAUUUCCUAAGGAAUUGUCUGAGGGACAACAAGCUGAACCUGACUUUAAAGGGGGUGCAGGUGCUGGUGCAGCUUCUGUAGUUAAUCAAGGUGUUUCCAAAACCAAGGUUAAACGGGCAGAGCCAGAGUCACCAGAGACACCUCUUGAAGAAGAUUUAUCAGACAGUGAAAUCGACGUAAAAGACACAAAGGAAUUGGUCCCAGUUCGCCAAUCAGCGAGAGCUGCUAAAAAAUCAUACAAAUUUGCUGAAAUUUCUUCUGGUGAAUCAACUGGUAACAGAAGCCUUGACAUUUCUGAACAUGAAGAAAAAGCAGAAGUUGAAACUGAUGUAAAUGAUCAUAGUACUUCAAAUAUCCUUAUAGCAGGAAACUUAUAUUUUAGAACUUCAUUGAUCGUAUAUUCUAUAUUAUCAGGAAACUUAUAUUUUAUCUUCCUUAAUUUACGAGUACAGAAAGAAACUGCAGUUAUUGACAUUGACGAUGAAGAUAAUGCUUCAAAAGAUCAAGUCCCCGUGGAAAAUAAAGAAUCUGCUUCAGUGUCAAAAUCUAAAAAAGGUUCACUUGUUCAGGCUACUAUAUCCUCAUUAUUCAAGAAAGUGGAAGUAAAGAAGGCUUCAACCAAUUCAAAGAAAUCUCCAUCAUCAUCAAAAGCUUCUGGCCAGAAGUUGCAGCCUGCUGGUUCGAAAACAAAAAUUGAACCGGAUGAAGGAUCCAAGAAAAGGCCAAGAAAGACCAAGGACAAAAGUCCAGGUGAAAAAGUCAAGGCAAAAAGCAAGGAAAAUGAGGUUGAAGAUGUCGAUGAAGAUGAUGAUGACAUUGAAGAAUUUUCAAAUGCUUCAGAGGAUUCUGAUGGAAGUGACGAAGACUGGGCUGCUUGAGAGUUUGAUCGGAUACCCUUUGACUGGUUUAGAAGAACCGUGAUGUCUAAGCUUUGCAUACACAUAACUUUGAUGCAUAGAUAUAUGAAUAUGAGAGAAGAUAUUCCAUGGUUAUUUAUGGUUGGAAAAUAGUGGAAUUUGUUCAAUGUUUACUUACCAACUCAAUCUUUAUCUCAUUUAUGAUGGUUCAGUAGUUUUAGACUUAAUGAUAAACUUUCAAUUAUCUUGUGAAGAGUCACAUGCACGCUAAAGAAGCAUGCUUUUAAGGACAUAAAAGUUUGAAUAAUACUUAAGUAACAUCAUUGUAAUAGUUAGGUUUGAUCGUAUAAAUAGACACGCCGCAGACGAUUGUGAGCUUUUGAA